AUGAAAGAUUCACCCGCCCCCUCUAGUGUUCCGGCGAAGAGUCUCUCCGCCUCGCCACCAGCAUCGGGUUCUUCGCCUCAGCGAGACACCUAUCUGCUUCCCACAGCAUUCCGGCAGGAGCUGUAUCCUUUGAAAUAUAUACUACGAGGGCAUGAGUCUCCAGACGCUCUGCUCAAGGAUCGCCCUCGUUCUGAGGGACGAUCCUGCCUCCCACGCUGUCCCACCCGCCUCCUCUGUGUUAGAUCCCGAGGGUUCACACAGGAAGCACGGCGGGGCUGUGAGGUUGAGUUGGAUGAAGUCGAUGAAGAUCCCACUCUGGUGCAAGCCCCACGAUCCCCUCGGUCUUCCGAUAUAGCGUCUGCGCCAGUACAAUGGCUCUGCGAGUCACAAAAAGUCACCAGUGAUCUGAUUAAUAACCGCUCUAUUUCAGAUCAGUGCUCAGAGGAGAACCCCGCCCCCGUUGCUCCAGCUCCGCCAAAGACAGCGAGUCAUCAAAUAGUUUCUGUGCUGUGUUCAAAUAGAGAACGUUCUCACAAGAAACAGAAAUGCAUUCGCUCCCUGAAGACUCACCAUAUGACACUGUCAAACCUCACUAUGACACUGCUUCCGGCAGUAUGUUUGUGUGCCCAGGGGAAAUAUGCAUUUAAGCUGCUGAAUGAUUUAUUUAAGAAUUACACCAAUGCAUUGAGGCCCGUGGAGGAUACGGACAACAUCAUUAACGUCACCUUGCAGAUUACUCUCUCCCAGAUCAUUGAUAUGGAUGAAAGAAACCAGAUUCUCACAACAUACCUGUGGAUUCGUCAGGUGUGGUUUGAUGCCUACCUCACCUGGAAUAAGACAGACUACGAUGGGCUUGAUACCAUACGUAUACCUAGUAGUUAUGUAUGGAGACCUGAUAUUGUCCUAUAUAACAAUGCAGAUGAACAGUUCUCCAGCUCCAUGGAGACCAAUGUGGUGAUCCACCAUGACGGCCAGAUUUUGUGGGACCAGCCAGCAAUAACCAAGAGCUCCUGCAAAGUGGAUGUGUCUUUUUUCCCCUUUGAUGCACAGCAGUGCCGCUUCACCUUUGGUUCUUGGACCCACAAUGGCAACCAGAUGGACCUUCACAACUCUCUGGACAGUGCUGAUCUGGCUGACUUUGUGGAGAACGUAGAGUGGGAGGUUUUGGGAAUGCCAGCUAAGAAGAACGUUAUUCUUUAUGGCUGCUGCUCAGACCCCUAUCCAGAUAUCACCUAUACGCUUCACCUGAAGAGAAGAGCUACCUUUUAUAUCUUCAAUCUGCUCAUACCUUGCAUGAUGAUCUCCUUCCUGGCUCCGCUGGGCUUCUACCUGCCAGCUGACUCUGGAGAGAAAGUGUCUUUAGGGGUCACAGUGUUACUGGCCCUUACUGUCUUUCAGCUAUUGGUCGCCGAAAGCAUGCCUCCUUCAGAGAACGUGCCACUCAUUGGCAAAUAUUACAUUGCCACAAUGACCAUGAUCACAGCUUCAACUGCCUUAACCAUCUUCAUUAUAAACAUCCACCAUUGUGGGCCAGAGGCCCAACCUGUUCCUGCCUGGGCACGGCGCUUUAUCCUGCACUACCUGGCUCGGAUUUGCUUUGUUUAUGACAUGGGGGAGGACUGCCUGUCGACUCAUCCAGACAAACCUGCUCAGAAGGGAAACAACUGCACUAUUAACAGCCAGGCCAGAGGAGAAGACUUUGCUUUGAGGGUACAAAGUGUUUCAGCCAGUGAUGUAUGUCCACAUAAGACAAAAGACAAAUUGAAUGAAGAUGUCAGUCCAACGUUAUCUCUCGGUCCUGGAAAGGAGUGCCCCAGUGGCUGGACAGAAGGUACCACUGUGGGCAUGGACCAUGGAGAGACUGCAGGAGCUAAAGAUGGAUGUGGAGGAAGAUUCAGGGAGGGUGGAGUGGGUGGAAAAAAAUCAGUGAAGAAGAGAGAAAUACUUCUUGAAGGUCAGUGUAUCUGCCAUCACCAAACACUCCUGAGGAAUAUUGAGUACAUCGCUAACUGUUACUACGACCAGAAGGCCACACAGAGACGGAGUGGGGAGUGGCGGAAAGUUGCCAAAAUCAUGGAUCGCUUCUUUAUGUGGAUAUUCUUUAUCAUGGUCUUUCUCAUGAGUUUGCUGAUUAUAGGGAAAGCGGUUUGAAACAUUGAAAGGAAAGGCAUCAAGGGCCUCAUGCAUCAAAGCCUGCAUAGUUAACAUAGGAAAAGUCCAUACAAAUGGCAGGAUUUGUGUAUGCAGAAAAUCUGUUAGCUGUACUAAAAAUACAAUGUGCAUUUCUUGAAGAAAAUACUAGUGCUUGCAAGGCAGCAAAACAAUAGUGUUAAAGUUUUUGGUAAGAUUAAAUUUUAAGUCUUGUUUUUAGUGCGCCACACAUAAAAAUCAACACAAAGUCACUGUUCAGUCUAAAAUUGGCUAUAAAUUGUUAAAUAUAUGCAAGGACAAGACCAAUCACAAUUCAGUAUAACAUUUUUUUAAAUAAUAAGACCAAUAACAAUUUACAAAGCAAAUAUGAGAAUUAUGUCAGUCAGCAUUCUAUCAACGUAAGUCAAAGGGAGAUUUUUUUUAACUUUUUCCUUACAUUUCUUAAAAAUUAUACAUUUUACUAAAAUAAAAAAUAGACAGCACAUUUUUUUUCAAAGAAAGUUUAAAUAUAGCCUGUAUAUUAAGUGAUUCGAGCUGAAAUUAAUUGCAAAAGUUUAAUAUUUACAGUUAGAAGUUUAGAAAAAAUCCCUAACUUGAUUGUUUGAGGAAUAUCAGUACUGCCUUGCAAAACACACAUACACACAAACGCAUGCACGCACACGCACACACAAAAGAAUUCUCAGUGGCAACCAGAUUACUGUAAGUCAAAUUAUUAUUAUUUUAUAUAAUAUGUGCUUAGGAAGUCUCUUUGGAAUGAAACAUUUAUACAAGAGGCCCUUGGGACAGUCAGUGAGGCAGGGGAUUCAAAAUCACAAAUUUAUUUAUUUAUGUAUUAAUUUUCAUUAAUCAUUAAUAAUAUAAUUUUUGGCAUAGACUUUUCGUGAUUUUCAUUUUAAAAUUUAGCAAAGUCCUUUGAAAAUCGCUGCCCUAUAGGAGUCAGUUGUUUUUCAAGUAAUGUGUUAGUGGCAAUGAAACUGACUGAGUUUACUAAUUGCAGAGAAAACAAAACUCUGUAGCCAACAGCCAAGCAAUCAGCCAACCAUUUUCUUUUUGAUAAAUGACACUGAUGCUCUCAGAUUUUGUGCAACAAUUUUUUUCUUUUUAUUGAAACAACAUAGAGAAAUUGAUCUGGAAUUUCAGAGAAGAUUGACAAAUGGAGCCAAAUCCACAGUAUUUCUGUGCUUUGCCCUCUGUACCACAGACUGUUUGAGAUGUAUCCCACAACCUUUUGCCUGUUACUGCAUGUGAGCCAUAGUACUACUACUUGAUUUGUGACCACCUGUAGCUGAAAAUCAUGUUCUAUGUAUACUGUAUGCACAAUAUAUUAAAUGUUUAGAAACAGAAUUUAAUUGCUUAGUUAUGCUUAGCCAGUUAUCUUUGUGUGAGACAGAGAAUCUUUGAAUGAAUCACAAAGAUAAAAAUAUUCCUACACUGUAAACAGUUGCCAGGAUUUUACAAGAUUUACCGGAAAUGUAUCACAAUAUAAUACUGUAUUCUGAAUUAUACUGUGAAAUCCAUGCAGGCUAGUUCACAACAAACUGGAAACAAAAGCUCUGCAUUGUGGGAUAAUAGUGUACAUAGUUGUCAAAAUUUGUCACCAGUGAUUAGUCUUUCCUUUGGCUAGGCAUUAUUUACUAUUAAUCAAUUUUCUAUCAGCCAAUGUAAUUGUGUACUAGUAGAACACAAUUGGUUGAACUGUGCUGCAUGGAGAAAAUAAGCUACAUGUCAAUUUAAUGAUUAACUCUAA